AUGGAUAGCUACUCCGUCCUCUACAGUUCCUCCCACAGAACCGGACUUCUCUCCGGCUUCCAGCGCCUGCGCACCGAGGGGAGGAUGUGUGAUGUCGUCCUCGAGGCCGGCGGCGUCUCCUUCCCUUGUCAUCGCGCCCUUCUGGCCAGCUCCAGCGAGUAUUUUUGGGCUCUGUUUGGAGAGACUACUGCUGAGAGAUUAGCAGGUUCCAUUAGCCUCCCGGCGCUAACACCUCAGGGUUUAGACGCCAUCCUGGACUUCCUGUACUCGGGCUGGCUCAGCGUAUCACCCUCCACGGUCUCUGGCGUCCUGGAAGCGGCCAGGUACCUGCAAGUGGAGACGGCUGUGGCGAUAUGUGAGCGCUUUAUCAUCGAUGGUUUAAGUGUCGAGAGCUGCUGCUGCUAUGCCAACCUGGCCGAACGCCACACGCUAUCAAACGCCAUCGAGGCUUCAAACCAAACCAUUGCUAUGGAAAUGGGGACACUGCUGCAGGAAAGCAAGGACAAGCUCCUCGAGCUGAAUAUCCAGUCGCUGAUGUCGGUGCUCGAGUCUGAAGAGAUCCCUGGCGUCAAGGAGCUUGAGCUCAUAAAGCUGGCUUUGGAUUGGCUCGAUGAGAAUGGACCCCUCCCGCUGCUGAAAUCAAAUCUUCUUCUGAGUCGCCUGCGCUUCGGAUUGGUCUGCGCGUCCGAUCUCGCCAACCUGCAUCACAGAGCCAUGGGCACGCCUCUAAUCAGAAGUCAGCUGACCCGAGCGGUGGAGUACCACAGGAUGGGUUCAGCUCAGCCAAUCAGACAGAACAAGCAGACAACGCUCAGAGCGUCACCCAAUCGCGUGCUGCUGGUGGGCGGAGGGUCCGGCGCCGAGUGUCCAGAGCAGCAGUUGUUGGCGUUUGAUCCGAGAGGAAAGAAGUUCUCAUCCCUGAGCUCAUGUCUCCCGCUGCGGCUGAGGAAUCACUGCGUGAGCUCAGUGGGGGGUUUCCUCUUCGUGAUCGGGGGGGAGGAGGUGAAGGAGGGAGAUGAGGACGGAAAGAAGUCCGUCACCACGUCGACAACCAACCAGGUGUGGCGGUACGAUCCUCGCUUCGACCGCUGGGAGCAGGUGGCGUCCAUGCUGGAGAGGCGGGCCCAGUUCAGCUGCUGCGUGGUGGAGGAUGUGAUUUACGCCGUCGGGGGACGACGCACACGACCGGACACCGACACACACACCUCGGCCGCGUCGGUUGAGUUUUAUGACAUGACCACGGGAGCGUGGAGGAGGGGAGCCACGAUGCCCCGCCCCCUUUACGGCCAUGCGUCCACCGUGCUUGACGGCAGCAUCUACGUGUCAGGCGGCCUCCCCGGCAACCAGGGCACUAUCCGGGGCAGUAACCACGGUGAUAACCAGGAUGACAACAGGGAGAGCAGCAGGGAGGUCCUGUAUUGGGACCUCAAAGGUCGAGUCUGGGAAAAGAGGGCGUCCAUGUCUAUCGCCCGCUUCGGUCACCGCUUGGCGACGGCCCACGGCUUCAUCUACGCCCUGCUGGGGAUGUACGAACCUUUCUGCGACAUCGAGCGAUACGAUUCACGCUCAGACCACUGGACACGCCUCCGACCGCUCCUCACUGGAUCCUUCAACUACGGGAUGGUGUCGACACCAUCUGGGAAUCUGCUGGUGUUCGGAGGGAGGCGAUGGAGCGACGGUCAGGAGGUGGUCGUGAGGAGUGUCCUGGAGUACGACACUAAGACAGACAGCUGGAGAGAAAUCUGCCAGCUCCCGAGACCCCUCACCGGGACGGAGUGCACGCUGCUCCCCCUGCCAGACUGA